AUGACCCUAAACAGAGCUCUGAUUUGGGGGGCCCUCGCCCUGGCCACGGUGCUGAGUCGGUGUGGAGGUGACGACAUUGUGGCUGACCAUGUUGCUUCAUAUGGCGCAUGCUUCACCCAGUCUUAUGGUUCCUCGGGCCAGUACACUUUUGAAUUUGAUGGAGAUGAGGAGUUCUACGUGGACCAGAAGAAGAGGGAGACUGUCUGGCGGCUGCCUGGGUUAAGUGAAUUUGGAAGUUUUGACCCACACGGAGGACUGAGGGAAAUAGCUAUUGAAGAAUACAACCUGAACAUCCUGAUUAAACGCUCCAACUUCACCGCUGCUAUCAAUGAGGUUCCUGAGGUGACGGUGUUUCCCAAGUCUCCCGUGGAGCUGGGCCAGCCCAACAUCCUCAUCUGUGCCGUGGACAACAUCUUCCCGCCCGUGAUCAACAUCUCCUGGCUGAGCAACGGGCACCCCGUCACACAGGGUGUUUCUGAAACCAGCUUCCUGACCAAGAAGGAUUUUUCCUUCCUCAAGAUCAGUUACCUCACCUUCCUGCCUUCGGCGGACGACGUCUAUGACUGCCAGGUGGAGCACUGGGGGCUGGACCAGCCACUGCUGACGCACUGGGAGCCCGAGAUCCCAGCCCCCAUGUCAGAGCUGACGGAGACAAUGGUCUGCGGCCUGGGGCUGGCCGUGGGCCUUGUGGGCAUCGUCACGGGCACCGUCUUCAUCAUCCAGGGCCUGCGCCCAGCUGGUGCCUCCAGACAGCAAGGGCCCCUGUGA